UUUCUUCUUCUUCUCCUCUUUGUUUCUGCUCAGAGGUUCUGAUGGACUAACUCUGCUGGGCCUAACCCGGACCUACCCGGACUUACCCGGACCUACCCUGGAGUUAGUCUGGAGAUAACCUGGAUUAUAAACCGGAUUUAACCCGGAUUUAUGGCGGACUAACCCGGGUUAAAGGCUGAGGAUCGGGUUGGACCGUUAGAGGACCGAGAGUUCGGGUCCGGGUCCGGCCGGACGCGGGACUCUGAGGAACGGGUUUAUAUCUGUGUUUCCAUGGAGAUGAGAGUGUUUCCCGCCCUCUGACAGAGAAUCGAUAACUGUUAUUGAUCGUGUAUUGAUCUGGAGAUGGCCGCGCGCAUCCUGCCGCUACUCGCGCUCCUGACCUGCGGACACGCCAAGAGCGCGUUCCCGCAGCGACCCUCCUACAGCCUAUACGCCGGCGGGCAUGCGCACGGGGCGCACGGGGCUCGCGCCGCCAGCAGACACAGGAACUGGUGUGCGUUUGUGGUGACGAAGACGGUGAGCUGCGUGGUCGAGGACGGAGUGGAAGCGUACGUGAAGCCUGAUUAUCAUCCCUGCAGCUGGGGGAGCGGACAGUGCAACAGGGUGGUUCUCUACCGGACCUACAUGAGGCCACGAUACAAGGUCGCCUACAAAAUGCUGACGGAGAUGGAGUGGAAGUGUUGCCAUGGUUACAGUGGAGAGGACUGCAACGACGGUCCAAUCGGAGGAGCAGGAACGCAGAUUUCCACCACCAGACCUCAACCCAGACCGGGACAUGGAGGGAUAAACUACGGACAGGGAGGAGGGACAAACUACGGACAGGGAGGAGGGACAAACUACGGACAGGGAGGAGGAAGUGGCGGACGAGUUGACAAUGAGAAGAUGAGGCAGCUGGAAGAGAAGAUCCAAAGUUUGACCAAAAACCUCCAGGACCUUCAGUCCACCAUGAACGAACACCUUCAACAGGAAGUCAACAAACCGGGCAUCAGCGGAGGAACUUCUUCAGGAGGAAGAAACCCCGCUGAUGCAGCCCAGCCGGAGAUUAAAGAGACGAUUCACAGCAUUCAGACCAAACUGGACCAGCUAGACAACCGCACACAGGCCCAUGAUAAAACCCUGGUCAGCAUUAACAACCACCUGGUGAACGGGAAAGGGAACGACCUGGAUGGAGGUCUGUCUGGAGGAGGACUGAGCGGAGGGAGGCUGAACUCCCUGAAGGAGGAGAUCCUGAGGGAGUUAGAGAGCCGGGUAUCACUGUCCUGCUCCUCUUGUCAGGCCGGUGUGGAGGAUCUGCGCCGACAGCAGCAGCAGGACAAAGAGAGGAUUCAAGCUCUGGAGAAGCAGCUAAAUGCCAUGGACGUUCGAUAUCGUCAGAGCCUGGACGGGCUGCGCCGGGAGGUGGUGCGCUCGCAAGGAUGCUGUGACACCGUCAACGACCUACGAAAACGCGUCACUGAUGCCGAACGCAAGAUCAGCUCCGCCUCAGAGAACUUUGAUGUUCUGCAGAACCGUCUGGACAAGGAGCUCAGCGGAGGAGGAGGCAGCAACAAUGAGAACGGUGGCUUCGGUGGAGGAGGGUUUGGUGGUGGAGGAGGAACUGGGGGAGGGGGGAAGGAUGUUGUGGUGACGGAGGACAGACUGGACAAUCGUCUGAAGGACCUGGAACGGCGGGUCAACAACACCUUGCAGCAGACAGAGCAGAGCUGCUCGCACCUAGAAAACGACCUGAAGGACUACUUCCACAGAGAACUGGGGGACCUGCGGACAGUAUUCCUGGACCGGUUUGACGACCAAGCCUUCAGGAUAGCAGACGUGGAGCUGGACGUGGGACAGGUAAAGGAGAGAGUGAGCGACCAAGACAAGAGGCUGUCUAAGCUGGAAAACAACACUUCGCUCAUCAGCCAGAGACUCAAAGACUGCAGCUGUGCAGGGACUACAGGAGGGUCUAAAGGAGGAUCUACAGGAGGAUCUACUGGAGGAUCUGCAGGAGGAUCUACAGGAGGAGGUACAGGAGGUACAGGAGAAUCUACUGGAGGAUCUGCAGGAGGAUCUACAGGAGGAUCUGCAGGUGGAGGAUUAUCUGGGACGGGAGGAGAAAGUACAACAGAGAAAUCACUGGAGUGGAGAGUGAUCGCCAAUGAGGAUCGUAUUCGACACUUUAACACUGAACUGAAAGAUCUGUCAGUGUCUGGAGACUCUCUGCACGACAAGGUUGUGGACCUCAGCCAUGACGUCCGUAAGAUCAAAGCUCUGACCGGGGAUCACGGGGAACACUUUAACCGAAUUGUUACUGAGGUGGAGCUCCUGGGGCAGGACUGUGAGUUGUGCGGGAAGGUGGAAGACGAGCUGCAGAGGCUGAAAAAUCAAUCCCAGGAUGCACUGGGGCGCAUGCAGAGCCAAAUCAACAGACUCCAGAUCAGACUGGACUUAGGAGGAGAAGGCUGCUUCCAGAUCUGUUCACAGCUGGAAGAUGAAGUCCGCCUGCUACGAGACGAUGUCAGGAGAUGCAGCGGCCAAUGUAAGACCAGCCCGGCCACGCCCACAGGUGGUGGUUCUGGUAGCGUUGGUGGUACCGGUAGACCUGGGUUGGAUGCUGAGAAGCCUUUAGAUGGCCACAGUGUGAUCGGAGGCUCCAUCAACAACAACCAGCUGAAGACGCUGCAGGGCGAACUCUCUGAGGUCAUCCUCACCUUCAGUUCCAUCAACGACACCCUGAAGGGGUUCGAACACACGGUGCAGAAACACGGCAGCGUCAUCACCGACCUCGGAAACACAAAGGAUAAGAUAAUUUCUGAGCUGGACAAGAUCCAGCAAGAGGUGACGGAGCACAUCGAGGAGAGCGCCAACCGCCUGGACGCGAUGGACCGGGAUGUCCGGCGGUUCAAGAGCACGAUCCUAGUGGAGAUUGGAGACUGUAAGAGGUCUGGAGACGGGCUGGAGAAGAGGCUUUCCAAGUUGGAGGGAGUCUGUGGGCGGCUGGACGGUGUCUCUGACUCCAUCCUUAAGAUCAAGGAAGGACUGAACCGACACGUGUCGAGUCUGUGGACUUGUGUUUCUGGUCUGAAUGAGUCGGUUGUCCAUCACGGAGGAAUCAUGGACUUCAUUCAGAAGAACCAGGACGAUGUCUUCAGCAGGAUGAAGAACCUGAACUCAAGCAUGAACCAGUUCAUCAGAGACCUGCAGGGUUCCUCUGUGAAUGGCCUGUCCGGCCUGCCUGGACCUCCGGGACCCCCGGGACCACGAGGAGAGAGAGGUUAUAACGGGCCUCCUGGACGGCAGGGUGAAAAUGGACCCCGAGGUCUGCCCGGUCCCAAAGGUGAACCAGGUGUGUCUGGUGUUGAUGCUCAUGUACCGAGACUGUCAUUCUCUGCUGCGCUCACUGUUCCCAUGGACAGAGCUGGAACCAUUGUCUUUGACAAGAUCUUUGUCAAUGAAGGAGACUUCUACGACCGGAGAACAGGUAUCUUCACUGCCCCCGUAGACGGACGUUACUUCUUCAGUGCCAUCCUGACGGGUCAUAGGAACGAGAAGAUCGAGGCAGUUCUAUCAAAGUCUAACUACGGCAUGGCACGGGUGGACUCUGGAGGCUAUCAGCCCGAAGGCUUGGAGAACAACCCUGUGGCCGAGGCUAAAAUCACUCCUGGAUCUCUGGCCGUCUUCAACAUCAUCCUGCCUCUGCAGACUCGGGACACGGUCUGCAUCGACCUAGUCAUGGGAAAAUUGGCCCACUCUGUGGAGCCGCUCACCAUCUUCAACGGCAUGCUGCUGUAUGAAGACAUGUGACAGUUUUUAUACACAUAUGAAAAUCAGUGAGGCCAGACAACCAGCAAGGCCAGAAAACAUGAACAACUCUGUUUGAGAUUCACGACAAUAUCAACAGGAGGCUGCCACAUAGAGAACAAUGUCACUUCCUCAUUCAAGACUGAUCCUAAACUGAUGACAAAUAUUUUAAAGGAACCUUUACUCCUGAACAGAUUUCUGUCUCUACAUUCUAACAGGUCACAUUUGUUUGACUGGUUUUGUUAUUAUUCUUAUGUCACUUCACAUGUGGAUGAUUUAUCAUCUGACUGCUUUAUCUGCUGAUCUGAUGUGAUCACAUGAUCUAAGUUCAGAGCAGCACCGUGAGGACAGAUGUCCUGUAGACCAGAUAAUGUCCCCGUAAACCAGCUGAUGUCCUUGUAGACCAGCUGGUGUACAUGUAGACCAGCUGACACCUGGCCGACCUGCUUCCUGCUGCUGCUUGAAACUUUAAACAACUUUUUGAAACACAGGAACUCUUGUAGUGUCCACCUGUUGUUGAUCGUCUCACUGGAAGUUGUUGAGAUUUGUGAAAUUGGACCAAGGUGUUGGACAGACCAACGGAUCAGCGCCAUCCUUAAGCCCCGCCUCCGGCAGAUUGGAUGUUGUCUUGACAACCUGUGACAGUGUGACUUUAAAUAGGAAGAGAAAACUUUUUGUACUGAAGCUUUAUAAAAGCAGAAUGUGUUUUAUGAGAUGAGUUCACAAUAUAAUUGUUUUAUAUUAUGAUGCCACUUUUCUUGUUUUAUUUAAAACACCAUCACAACAUUUCAUUUUGAUAAACUCUAACAAACAAGGUUGGGAAUACUCAUAUACAUUCAACAUCUGUCAUCAGUUACUGAACAUGAAGGGAGAAGACCUUCACGUCCGAUAACCUGUUCGUCUCUUCACCAUCUACAGAUGAACUGAAGGACAACAGAGAUGACAGAUAUUUAUAAGACUUUAUCGUCAUUGACUGAGAAAGGAAGAUCAUUGUAGACUGAGUGGGUUUCAGAAACUUUAUUCUCUGACAGGAUUUAGUUCCAGUGUUCAUGUAAACCUGUUUUUACACUUUUUGACACGUUUGUAUUGAUGAAUAAAUAUCACUGUCAUUUAAGUAAACACGAGUCAAACCCAG